UUCCUCAAAGGAAACUUGCAGCAUUGUUACUGCUCAUGUUCUGGAACCCCAAGAAGGUGAAAAAAUACUAGACAUGUGUGCUGCUCCUGGAGGGAAAACUACUGCAAUUGCUAUCCUUAUGAAGGACAAGGGAGAAGUUGUUGCCUGUGAUAGAUCUCACAAUAAGGUACUGGAUAUUAUGAAGUUGGCCACAGAGAUGGGUUUGACUUGUAUUAAUGCAUACAAGCUUGAUGCUCUUAAAUCUGUUUGCCAAGUGAAGGAAAUUCUGGAUGUUGGAGUUGAAAUUUUGGACUUGGAGGUUCUGAAUCCUGUAGUGACUGGAACAGUUGGAUCUCCAAAUGAAGAAAUGAAAAAUAAUGAUAUGACCAAAUGCAGGAAUGGUACUAAAUUGAUGCAAACAGAAAAUGGCAGAAAGACGGAUGGCAAAAUGCAACUUAAUCAAUCUGAAGACAGGUUGAAAGCAGUCCACAAAAGAAAUGGACCAGGUAGAAAUCAUUGCAUGGGCGGUAGAGUUAGGACUUCAAAGGGUUAUUUUCCGAACAGUUUUGAUCGGGUUCUCCUUGAUGCCCCAUGUUCUGCUCUUGGUUUAAGACCUCGAUUAUUUGCUGGGGAGGAGACAUUAAUGUCUUUGACGCAUCAUGCUAAGUAUCAGAGAAGGAUGUUUGACCGCGCUGUUCAACUAGUUCGCCCUGGGGGUGUCAUAGUGUACUCUACAUGUACUAUAAAUCCAGGAGAGAAUGAGGCUUUGGUUCGAUAUGCUUUAGAUAAAUAUGAGUUCCUCUCGUUGGCUGCUCAGGAUCCCAGAAUUGGAGGACCAGGCCUUGUUGGUCAGUGUGACCUGUUUGAUGGGAAAUUUGUGGAGGAAUGGUUGACUGAAAGUGAAGCAGAACUUGUUCAGAGGUUUGAUCCAUCAUCUACACUUGAUACAAUCGGUUUCUUCAUUGCAAAGUUCAAUGUCGGUCAGAAGGAAAUAUAGUUGCCAAUGAGUACAAGUGUCCGUGAUAUGGACAAGACUAUCAACAUAAGGAUGAUAAUGUUUAUUUGAGUUCUUCAGAGGGAUGUUUACUUCCAGGGAUUUAAAUUGCUUGAUGAAGCUUAAACACGAAUGUCAAGGGAAAGUCUCCAAUAUUGGUCAAUAUCGGCCGUUUUUCCGAUAGUUAUUCGGUCCCCAUGGUAUAUAGGUCUUAAUACAAAAAUUCAGCUGGGAAAAUACUGAUUUUCGAUCUGCCUAGUAUCAAAGGCUUCAAGGCGUAGCAUUGGUGAUUUCAUCUUUAAAAAUCUUUCAAAUGCUAUGAUAUUUGAAAACGUUUAUCUGAGUAGUGAUAUGUGAUUGACUUUCCAUUUAAUUGAUGUGCGGUAUCUCAGUGAAUUGUUUGAUUCGCUUGGUUA